GUUGUCCCAGCCCUAGUUUCAAACGGUUUAAAAAAAUAUCAUUUGUUUCUUAAAAAAAAGAUGUCGUUCUUCGGGGUUUAUAUUCCGAAGACGGAAUCCGACGCAAAAGAGGAUCCCCUUCCAUCUGGGUCAGACCAGGCUGUGCCUGCGGAUGAGGGCAACACCAAGUACGAGUGGCUGAUCUUCACCGAGAAGUCCAAGGCGCUGGAGGUACUGCGCACGCAGAAAGAGGCGCGAGUUCGCGAAUUCCAGAACCGCGAGCAGGCCGAGAGCUACGUGCAGUUUGGAUUUGAGAGCAUCGAGGCCAUAGCCAAUGAUCGCCAGCAGCAGGAGGAGCAGAAACAGCAGCAAACACAGGAGCUGCCUGCGGGUGGCGGCGAGCGUGCUCCCUUCCGCGGACCCACCAAACAGGAGCUGCAGGAGUUCCGCAAGCAGAUUGAGGCAGGCAAGUUGGAGCGGGUUAAGGAAAUCAUUUGGGAGAAUCCCCGAUACCUGAUUAGCAACGGCGACACACCCACCAGUCUCAAGGAGGGCCCACGCUACAAUGCCAUGCACGUCUGCGCCCAGACCAACCAGGCCAAGAUCGCAGAGCUGCUGCUAAAAACCCUGGCGGAUCCGGAGUUCGCUCAGCUGUACGCUGGGAAGGAGGGAAGCCCCGAAAUGUGCGCCGCACUCAACACAAAUCUGCUGGAUUUCUACCUCAAUAUGCCGGACAAGGCACGCGGCGAGACACCGCUGCAUUUUGCAGUAAAAAGCGGCAACGUAGAGGUAGUCGAGGUGCUCAUCGGCUAUCCUCAAUGCAAGUCGUUGCCAAAUCGAGACGGCAAAGAGCCCAAGGACAUCAUCUGCCAGCGCAAUGCCAAUGCCCCGCCGGAGACCAUCAAGAAGCUAGAGCUGCUCAUGGGCGACCCGCAUUAUGUGCCUGUGCUACGCUCCGCCACCCAUGAACUGCCACCGCAGGUGGGUCGUCCCUUUUCCCCCAACGAACCACCGAAUCUUCAGCACAAGAGAGACGAGUGCGAGGGGCUCAGCGUUGACCUGUCGAUCAGUGCUCUGGCCGGGCCCAUGUCCCGCGACAAGGCCAUGAAGUUUUAUCGUCGCUGGAAGACACCCCCUCGCGUGGGCACCAACGCCAUGUCACCGUUGGCCAGCCUGCCCUUCAGCUCGCCGGUAAAGGUGACGCCCAGCAAGUCGAGUUCGAUUCAAAUGUCCCGCAAGAUGCUCUUUAGCCCGGCCUUACACUUGGCCAAUGAUUACGAGAGCAACAAUAACAAUAAUCCCAAGCUAGUCCACUCUCUGGAGCUGCCAUCUACACCGGUGCGCCAAGCAAAGCCAGAAUUAUACAUGUUGUAUCGGGAGACCGCAUCGAUGUCCAUUACGGAAGAUACCUCGAUACUGGACAUGAGUCUCAAUCGCACCCUGAAUGUUUCGGUGUGCACAGAGAACGAUAGUUUUCGGGAGCGCCACAUCAAGAACUCGGACAUCGGAAAGGGUUUGGAGGUGGUUGGACGCCAGCUGGCUCGCCAGGAGCAGCUGGGAUGGCGCGAAUACUGGGACUUUUUGGACUCCUUUGUGGACAUCUGCUCUGCAGAGGGUUUAGAACGCCUUGAGGCCUAUUUGCAGGCAAAAAUGGAGACGUCUAUAAAGGAUACCGUGGCCUGGAACUUUGCCCAGCUGCAGCAGAGUCUUAGCACCGCUAUCCAAGCCCAGCAGCAGCAGUCACCGGAUGCAGGAUUGGGUUCAUCCAGGGUUGUAUCAUCCGUCGCAUCACCUGUCUCCACAACGGCCUGGCGCAGCAACAACGACAAAGAUGAUGAGGACAGCCAUGAGGAUGACUUCUUUUUCGAUGCCGAAAAUGGAAGCAGCAGCGACGACGAAGAUAAUUUCCGCACGCCGCCGGGUAUCCAGCCCUACGAGCUCUUCAUCAAUGGCAAAGAGCCAACGAAAAGGGAUUUGGAUGUCCUGAAUGCCAUAUUCAAUGUGGAUAUUGAUAAGAAAACGCUGCCGCGUGUCCAUGCAUGGAAGGCGGCCAUGGAGAGCUUCUCCACAAACGAUAUGGAUCUCUUUCCAUCGCCCAGAACCGACCAGAAGAAGCCCAGGCCGGACUACUGGCACUCGGGCACGCCCAAGCAAGGAUUGGAUGAUAAUUCCAAUGCUAGUCACACAUCCAUGCAACCCAAACGUUUAUUUGGCACUCCGAAACUUAAUGCUGUGGCUGAGAGGAUAGCAACCUCUGGCAGUGCCAGCACCAGCUCCAAGCCUAGUAUUCCAGCAAGUAUUCCAUCAGCCAUUAGUAAGAAUUUACUGUCGAUUCCAGCUAAAAACGCCGCAAAGUCAUUCCACACGCCGGUGAACAAGAUGCCGGGACUGUUCAGCAAGUACCGCGAGGCACAAAAUGAUGUGGACUCGCCGUUGCCCAGUGUCAACAAGGAAGCUCAAUCCCCAGGAGUAACCCUCACGGAUAGCGAUUAAUACUCCAUAUUUACUAAUUUAUAUUAAAUGUUAAGUUUCUUCUAAAACUUUGAAUAUUAAUAUCAGGAAUGAUUGCUAGGGAAAGCUUCUCCCGUGGAGAACUCGUCUCCGUUUUUUCGUACAUUUUUUAAAGCAUACGCACAUUAAUUUAAUUUGAAUUUUUAUGAAUUUGUAAUCUCACAUAAUGUUUGUUUAUUUUGAAAUUGUUUUUUUUAAAAGGUGCCUAAUAUUUGGUUGAAUAUUUAAAUACUUACAAACUGAAUAAAAGUGAACAUUACAUGAA